UUGCUUCCCUCUCAACUGCCUCUGGAAACAUUAAUCAGGAUAUUACCAAAAACCAUGGCAGAGUUAAAUGAGGACCUGCACAACAUUGAAAAGUUGCUCAGAGAUUUAGAAAGAUCAUUGAAGAAUAUCAAGAGUGAAAUUGCGAAAUCCAACUUCGAAGCACGAGCGCAUUUACUAAAACUCAGGCACGAAAAGAUCCGGGCCAUGGAUGCUGUCGUUAAAAGCCAGACAAUCCUGGGCAACAUGGAACUAAUGGUAGCAAAAACGGAGUUGGGUUUGGAUUUAAAAAACUUAGUGACUGAGGCCAGUCACGACGCGCACACAUCCAGCUCCAGGAAAUCGAAAUCUGAGAGUUCAGAGGACUCCCGAAGCAAAAAAAUAAAAUUAGAUACAAAGAAAGACUCGACAGGGGGCAGAAAAUCUACAUCCAACAAAGAAAAUUCUAAGAGGAAAGCUUCAAAGACAACUGAAAUUAAGAAUAAUCAACUCACUAAUACUGGGACCAAUUCUCCUACCAACAAUGUGUUCCAACAAAAGGUAUCCGUUAAAAAUAUUCAACCAACAACACCUAGUACAAACAAUAUAAGUUUGAAAUGUUCUAUACCACUGGCAACAUUGACUAAAACUAUAAAUCCGCCUAAUCAAUCCGUCCCUUCUGGAAAUAUCUCAUCACCAGCACCAAUUUCCACCGAAUCUCCGGCAUUUGACAAAAGAACGAAGUUUUUAAACCACCCACCUAUCAGGGAUACAAAAAUUAACAAAAAUGUAGGAUAUUACUCAAGUGCGCAUGCUAAAGAAAUACUUGGAUAUGACCCUGAUACACUUCACGUAACACAAUACACAGAUAGUGUAUCUUGCUCUCAUAAUUCUUUAAAACCUUCAAAUAUUAACGCGCAGCUCGGUAAAAUGCAAGUGAAGCAUGCAUAUAGUUUUUCUGUUUCUCCCGGCUACAAACUGAAUGUUUCACCGGGGUAUUUGGUUCACUGUACACAGGUCCAUAGAAACCCUGAAGAAUCUUUCGGCAGUAGUAACUCUGCAAAUAAAGACACCAAUAAAUUAUUUACAGAUAUCUUAAAUAAUGGAACACGUCAAUCUGAAAAUGAUGAAAUUCGGUCAUUUGCCAGUGUUGAGACAUUAGUUAUAAAAAAAGAAAUUGAUAAUACGGAGGAUUCAAAUCAAUAUUAAAUCAUUACUUGUGUACUUAAUGACUUUUGUAAUCAAUACUUCGUUACACUAAUUAUUGACCUUUGUAGUCGAAUUAUUGGUAUAAUUUA